CUAAAACUGGUUACUUGCUUGUAGUUGUUCUAUAUCUAGGGAUUAGAUAGCUAGCUAGGUUUGGGGUAACGUUAAUGUAAACAGAUAGUAAAAACUGGGUUAACUCGUACGACAAAUAUAAUGUUUCGGAAUUUUUUUCAGGGUGGAUCUGUGGUUGAGAUCUUUAGUGGACAAGGAAAAGACCCUGUAGAAAAAUGGAAACUUUGCGGAGGUCCGUCAUCCAUACAUAAGGAGUACAAUAAAGAAGUCAAAGGGUUUGUUUACUGCCUGGAGGGUAGCAGCCAGACAGUCAAGAUGCAAAUGCCAGAGAAUGGGAAAAUGUCACUUGGACUUCUUCAAAGAUUCUUGGUCCUUCAAGUCAAUAUUCCCCCAUGUAAAGAUUUUUCCAUUGAGCUUGUGACAACUGAUUUAGAGCACCUGAAAAGAAGACUUCACUUAUCAACAGUACAUAAAGAGUUGUCUGCCACACUUUUGCAUGCAAAGAUACCUUUUGUAGGAUUGAAACGCAGUAUUUGGUCUACUUUGUGCAUCGACCUUGUGUCAUUCACCGGUGAACUGUUCAAGGGGUUUUUGACACUGGAUGGCAUCACAUUGUUUGCUACCUGUAAAGUCCGCAGAAUCUUCACCAUGAAAACAGAGCCUACAGGAAUGUCAGAUGAUGAUGUGUUUCUCCGUGGAGCUGGUCUCAUGGACUUGAUCCCUCGCAGUUGCCAUUUCCCAGCAGACGUAAACCAUGUCACUCAGGUGUUGAACAUGGAGAAUUUUCGGAAGGCAGAUACGAGGGCUGGACUGUUGAGCUCUGACUGUGUUCCUGAUCAGUCUACCACUGCCAGAUCAACCAGUUAUCGACGAUCUAGGCCACAGGGUGUCUUACACACAGCCUCAGGCUUCAGGGUUUCAGGGCCACCCCCUCAAACUGGAAGAAGCAGUGCAGCCUCAGACGGAAUGGAAGGAAGUGCACUCUUUAUCUCUAAUACGGGAUCUCCGUCCAGUAGAUUGAACCAGAAAAUGACUGCAGAAAGUGAGAGCAUUGCCAGGCUGAGUGAGAAUUUAUCACACGGAGAACCUUCCCACAUUCUUCUUGAGGGAACACCAUGCAGUUUACAGCCCCAUCCCCCAAAAGACAGAGUGUUUGACAAGCCGGGAUCUAAGAAGCCACGGGUCUACAGUGCUGGAAGAGAGAGGCUACCAUUGUCAGCCUCUCCAGAUGCUGUACCUGGCCACAGAAAGAGAAGUAAAACCAGGGAGAAGUGCACGCCCCCACCCAGUAGGCAAGAGAGCAAGCAACAACAUCUGACCCUAACAGAAAAGACAAAGCACCAAACAGCAGAUGAGUGUAGAUGCGCUCCCGCCAAGGAAAGUUCAGGAGCUGCUCCCACACCAGCAGAGUCUCUCUCCUGCUCGAUCUGUCCAGGUUUGUCUUGUGACCUGCAGGUCUGGAGCAGCUGGGAGAAUAAUGAAGGGUCAGAGCCCCAGCUCACUCUGCAAGAGGAGGUGUUCACUUUCUUUUCCCAGCCACACUUACCCAAACGAGGGCAAGGCCAGGGUGACCAGGAGAAGAUGGAGCUGGGAGAUGAUCAGGUUCAGAGCAAAAGUGGGAGGCGGUAUGAGGCCCAGCCUGAGGAUGACUUUAUCGGCAGUGAAAGUGAUGAGGAUAAGAGCUACACCAAGUUCAACCCAGCUACUCCCAGAUCUCCCAGUCCAACCUUGGAUGGGCAACUUGAAGUCCAUCCUGAAUCUCAUAACAUGGACAAAACAACACCAAAGGAGCUCAGUCCAGCUACCACCGGUAUGCAUUCUCCAUCCAGUGGGAGAGCUGAACCAGUUGGGAUCGCCCCCACACGCUGCCUCUCACCCAGUGCGACACCCAGCAGACAGGAACACAAGUGUGGCCCACGUGGAUCAGAGGUUGUGAACCACGUUCUGGAUGAGAACAGCAGUGUAUCGCUUUCAAGAAGACUUCUGCAAGAAGUCAAAAUAGACUACUCCACACAGCACAAGGUGAACAUUCUAAAGGAAGAAGACAACACACUGAAGCCUGUUGACUCCAGCGAUAACAACUUACACCUGCUUAGCAGUCUACGAAUGCAUGCGGAUGAUGAUGACGAGCUUCGAAUGCUGGCAAGUCUUAAAAGGGAGCAGGAGGAAGAUGAAUGUAGAGCCUCGGGCCUCAGUGCAUCUCAGAUCCACCACUGUAAUGUCAGCAUCAGCAUGAGCAGUGAUGAUGCAUCUACAUGGACCCACAUCUCCAUGCCAGCUAAUCAGGGUCACCACUAUCAGAAGGAAAUGAACCCCCUCCUGCAAUCAAACCCCAGGGAGUGGAUGGAUGUGCUCAGCCCUCCCAUUAUGCCUCCCAGCCAGCGGAGAAGGUCAGGCAACACAUGGAACCAUUUGGAAGAUCUAAUCGGAGGACGGGAUGAGUCGGUGAAUGAAGAGGAGAAGGAGGAUGAGUAUUUGAAUCUGCUCUAUGAUCCAUGCCUGAACUGCUAUUUCGACCCAAAGACGGGGAAAUACUAUGAACUAGCUUGACUCAAAGCUUAAGAGAAUCUAAAUUAAUAAAUCAGAAGUUUUUGAAUGGCGGGGAUGAAUGGCGUCAUCAAUCUUUUUGAGGCCUAGCUUAUUGAUCAGCAAUGAAAACCCCAUUCACAAGAAUCUUUCCAUGUUGCUGCUUUUGUUUCUGAGAAACUAACAGGAGCUUUGUGUCUCCAUGAAUAGACAUGGUAGUGUGUAAGGGAGUGGGACUCAAUAAAUCAGAUACAUGCUCUUUGCAAGAAAUUGAGUAGUUGCCCAUUCAGUAGCACAUCUGGUAGAAAGAGUCUUUUCAGAAGUUUUGGCUAGCAAAUUAACAUGUAAGCCUUUUGAAAGAACAUCCUGUAGCUUCUUUUUUACCAAAAUGAUUUCUGAAAUUAAAUUUUUGCCUGUAUAUUAGUAUUACAGAAAAAGUUGUUUUGUUCUUUAUCAUAAUUUGUGAAAAACAGAUA